GCGCCGGACCGGGGAUCAUCGAACAGCGGGGCAAUGUCACAUAACGAAAGGAACCACGAGCUUCACGACACGGACGAUACGCCGCUCGGUAGGAACGUAUCCCAGAGGUCCGGAACCCGGAAAUAUCUUGCAGAACGAGCGUCGCAACCCCAAAACUUCACCCUCCGCGGAGUCCUUGUCGGCCUUGCAAUCGGAGUUGUAAUAUGUUUCUCUAAUAUGUACUUCGGCCUGCAGACAGGGUGGGUCUCUGGGAUGGCUAUGCCGUCGGCUCUGAUCGGUUUUGCAUACUUCAAAACCGUAUCCCGUUUGAUCAGCUAUCCGUUCACCCCAGUUGAAAAUGUACUCGUGCAGUCUGUUGCCGGAUCGGUAGGCACGAUGCCCCUGGGAUGCGGAUUCGUCGGUGUCAUCCCGGCUUUGAACUACCUUUUGACGCCAGAAGAGAAUGGGCCUUUGGAUAUCAGUCUCUGGCGGUUGAUCAUCUGGGCUGUGGGGAUCUGUUUCUUCGGAGUCGUGUUCGCUGUGCCUCUGCGCCGAGAGGUCAUCAUCAGGGAGAAGCUGAAGUUUCCGAGCGGCACCGCUACAGCGCUAAUGAUUCGAGUGCUGCAUGGUGACGAGAAGUCGAAACAGCUCAUUGCUCAGCAAAGACGCGAGUCUACGUAUACAGAGGAAGAGGAGGAACAACGGCUUCUGCAGCCCACCACUCCGCAGCAGGAAGAGCAUCUUUUGCGUUCGUCAAACGAAGAAGAGGAAGAAAGGCAGGAACAAGAGCUCGAAGAGGAUGGCGAUUGGAAAGCGAAGAUCCGACUGCUUCUGGUCUCAUUUGCUGGCUCUGCACUUUACACUAUCAUCUCGUAUUUCAUCCCCCAGCUGCACGGCAUCCCAGUCUUCGGUCUUCCGCUGGCGAACAAAUGGCUCUGGACUCUGAAUCCGUCGCCGGCCUACGUAGGUCAAGGGAUCAUUAUGGGCCCCGCAACCACAAUCCAUAUGCUGCUUGGUGCUGUCGUCGGCUGGGCCAUCCUCUCGCCCUUGGCCAAGCACAAAGACUGGGCUCCAGGACCAGUAUCGGACUGGACAAAUGGCUCCAAAGGAUGGAUUGUCUGGAUAUCGCUUGCCAUCAUGUUGGCAGACUCCCUCGUCAGCCUCGGCUGGCUUGUUCUCCGACCUCUAAUCGGAAUCGUCCGGCUCUACUACCCUACUGUCAAAGAGACCUAUCAAUCACACACCUGGAAGGAACUUGCAACGCUCAACAUCACCCACAAACCAGUAUACACCCAGCUCACUGACGGCACACUCGCAAACCCCAUACUAGCCAUCAAACACCAUCUCGCCGAAGAAGGUGAACCCGACGCCCCACCAGAACACCUUAUCUCAACCCGCACAACCAUCAUUGGCCUCGUCCUUUCCCUCGUAGUGUGCGUAGUGGCUGUCCACGUCUCAUUUCCAAACCUCAUCCCGUUAGAGCUCACCAUCCUGGCACUCGUGCUCGCCUUGUUUCUCUCCGUAAUGGGUGUCAGGGCGCUUGGCGAAACAGACCUCAACCCCGUCUCCGGCAUCUCAAAGCUCACUCAGCUCAUCUUCGCCCUCGUCACACCUACCUCUGGCCCUGGCGCCAAGAAUUCGGUCAUCAUCAACCUGCUCGCGGGCGCUAUAUCCGAAUCGGCUGCUUUGCAGGCAGGAGACCUAUUGCAGGAUUUGAAGUGCGGACAUCUUCUCGGCGCAGCGCCCAACGCCCAGUUCUGGGGGCAGAUGAUCGGUUCGGCUGUCGGCGCUGUGCUCUCCGCUGGGGUGUACAAAUUGUACACGCACGUAUACACCAUUCCAGGAGGCUUGUUCGAAGUCCCCACGGGCUACGUCUGGAUCUUCACAGCAAGGCUAGUCACCGGCAAAGGUCUCCCACCAAUGGUGAAGCAGUGGGCCGGUGGAGCAGCGGUGAUAUUCGCCGCAGGCACCAUGGCGAGGGUCUGGGGGCAUGCGAGGAAGAGAACGGGCCUGAGCGGGUGGUGGGUUGAUUUCAUCCCCGGAGGAAUUGCCGUUGCUGUGGGCAUGUAUAACACGCCCUCUUUCACACUCGCGCGCACAAUCGGCGGCCUCAUCAGCCUCUGGUGGCGCAGGUGGAAGGGCAGGAGUGAAACUCCGAUUAUCGUCCUCGCCAGCGGUUUGAUUCUGGGCGAGGGUCUGUUUAGUAUUGUUAACUUGUUGCUGGCGAGCUUGAAAGUGCCGCAUUUAUAGCUCACGAUAGAGGAUAGACGUGGUUUGCGAAUCUUAUCUUCUUGUAUCGACUUUUGUAACGAGCAUGCGGUCGGUAUAUCAAUAGGACGCCGCUGCGAUCAUGCGUGUAUCUACCAUCCGCUGAACAAGAAACAUGUUAUUCAUAGAUGAGAUAUCCAGCUUCCCAGCCUACACCGCUUAGCUCAAAUCCAGAACCUCAAUCUCGCUCUCGC